AUGCGCAAGGAAACCUCCGAUAUCCGUCGUUACCAGGACCUAGAGAAGUCAAACCAGGAGCGGAGUAUUACGCGAAAUUUCCACCAAGCCAAGAUCACGGUAAUAGAGGUCCACCACCUUUUCAACCAGAUUGGGAAACACAGAAUAAACGACGACCUGAAAACAUAUACCCAGAACCACAACCAGACCCGCGACGAACAGAUUACUCGAAGGAAGCAAUGA